GUGAAACCAUGAGAAUCGCUUCCUCGGAAUUUGCUGACGAUCCUUGUUCCUCCGUCAAACGGGGCACCAUGGUCCGGGCUGCCCGAGCUCUGCUUUCUGCCGUCACUCGCUUGCUCAUCCUGGCUGACAUGGCAGAUGUCAUGAGGCUUUUAUCUCACCUGAAAAUUGUAGAGGAAGCGUUGGAAGCUGUGAAGAACGCCACCAACGAACAAGACCUGGCAAACCGCUUCAAAGAAUUUGGAAAAGAGAUGGUGAAGCUUAACUAUGUAGCUGCUAGAAGGCAACAGGAGCUGAAGGAUCCCCACUGUAGGGACGAAAUGGCCGCUGCUCGUGGGGCCUUGAAAAAAAACGCAACCAUGCUCUACACAGCUUCGCAAGCUUUCCUCCGCCACCCUGACGUCGCCGCCACCCGAGCCAACCGGGAUUAUGUCUUCAAGCAAGUCCAGGAAGCCAUUGCUGGCAUUUCCAACGCAGCUCAGGCCACCUCGCCCACCGACGAGAACAAGGGCCACACCGGAAUCGGGGAGCUUGCGGCAGCCCUGAACGAGUUUGAUAACAAGAUCAUUUUAGAUCCCAUGACGUUCAGCGAAGCCCGGUUUCGGCCCUCCCUUGAAGAGCGAUUGGAGAGCAUCAUCAGUGGGGCUGCCCUCAUGGCCGACUCGUCCUGCACCCGCGACGACCGUCGGGAGAGAAUUGUGGCCGAGUGUAACGCGGUGAGACAGGCCCUGCAGGAUUUGCUGACCGAAUACAUGAACAAC